ACUGAUCUCACUCCAGUAAAGCUUGCUUUGAAGUGGGAGACAAAUUAAAUCACCCCCGUGUGUCACAUGUGUCCCAAGGAAUGUGGUUUCCCAACUUUGAACAAUCCAUCAAUACUUUACUCUCCUUUCAUGCUGGCAUUUUAACAGACCUUGAGGAUUUUACAUAGAAGGAUAUUUUAUUUUAUCCCUUGGACACCUGGAGCUCUUACUUGGAGCAUCAGAAAUCCCUGGACAAGGCCGCCCUUUUCCCACAAGGUUGGCUCAUUUCUCCAUGAUUGUGCAAACCUUCGUAAUUACGCUGGGAGGUAAACACACGGCUGUCUCUUGGAAAAAUGAGAAGUACAAAGCAUGUUUAUAUGCACAUCCAGCCGUUCCAAGUAUCUCUCUUUGGCUUAGACACACCUGAGUUACCCCAUCCCCCUCUCACUGGCCCAGAAAGUUGUUACACCUGAUUUGCAAGUUUACCUGCUGGAGUCAAUGAGGUGUGUGGGGGUGGGGGGUGGGGGGGUAGGGGGGGUGGCCGGGAGCAGUUCACUAGCCAGCACAGGAUCUCAAAGCAGUUCUUGCUGGAAAAACCACUGGGUUCUUAGUUCAUUAGUACAAGAAAACCGUUCUCUCCUGAGGCACCGAGAAUCUUGCUUCAGAGCAAGCCUACCUAACUGGCUCAGGAUUCUGGACUGAUUUUUAAAAAAUCCUUCAAGAAGACCAUGGCCACCUAUGCUCUGCAAAUCGCUGGGCUGGUGCUUGGUGGUGUGGGCCUGGUGGGCACGGUGGCAGUCACCAUCAUGCCGCAGUGGAGAGUGUCUGCCUUCAUCGGAAGCAACAUCGUGGUCUUCGAAAACCUCUGGGAAGGGCUGUGGAUGAAUUGCAUGAGGCACGCUAACAUCCGCAUGCAGUGCAAGAUCUACGACUCCCUGCUGGCUCUGUCUCCAGAUCUCCAGGCAUCCAGAGGCUUGAUGUGUGCUGCUUCCGUGCUGUCUUUCCUGGCUUUCAUGACAGCCAUCCUGGGCAUGAAGUGUACCCGGUGCACAGGGGACGACGAGGGGGUGAAGAGUCGCAUCCUGCUGACGGCUGGCAUCCUGUUCCUCGUCACGGGCAUCGUGGUGCUCAUCCCUGUGAGCUGGGUGGCCAACUCCAUCAUCAGGGACUUCUACAACCCCAUCGUGGAUGCUGCUCAGAAACGGGAGCUGGGAGAAGCCCUCUACAUCGGCUGGACCACGGCGCUGGUCCUGCUUGCUGGAGGGGCCCUGUUCUGCUGUGUGUUCUGUUGCACUGAGAAGACCAGCAGCUACCGCUACUCCGUCCCAUCGCAUCGCACAACUCCAAGGAGUUUUCACGUGGAAAAGAAGUCACCCAGCAUCUACUCCAAAAGUCAGUAUGUGUAGCUGUGUGCAUGUCUGUUUUUAAGCCUCAACCUAGAGAAACCAUGCCUGUAGGCCCACUCUUCUCUGGAAAUGGAACCCCGAGAACAUUGAUUUGCCAAGCUUAAUUUGCCUAACGUUAA